GGGACCCCUCGAGCUAAGCCCCGCCGCGAGGCCCCCAGCAGGAGCCAGGCCAGGGAAGCUCCCCUCGGACGCGGGUGGUUCCCGUCCGGCGCGGGGUGAAUGCGAAGCCGCCGAGGAGGCGUUUGUCGUGCGGGUGAGCAUUCUGGGCAGCCUCUGACUCCACCAGAGUCCCCGAAGCCGCGCCAGCAAUUGCGCGUCCGCUUUCUGUGGGUGCCGAGAAGGCUGCGCUCUUCUUGCCCAGUUGAGCCGGGGCGGCAGCCGCCAGGGGAGCCCCCUCUUCCAACCGGGGAAGGAAGGAGGAGGCCCCGAUGUGGGGGUCGCCCCUGAAGAGGCCGAGGGUCUGGCCCAUGGAGCCUCCAUCACCGGCCACGGGAGGCGCGGAGCUCCGGCCAGAGGAGGCAGCCCUUCGAGGGUCCUCCGCCCCGAGGCUGUGUAAACUGGGCCGCGGAAGGAACCCUGCUGGCCUGGCCGGAGAAGGAAAGGAGCCCCAGGGAGCCGGCUGCAUUGGGUGCCUGCCAGGCGGAGAGCCUUGCCGGGGCGGGGGGGUCCUGGCCCUGUGGUGGCCCAGAGGACUCUUUGGGGCCAUGAGGCAGAGCGGCCAAGAGCCAGCAGGGCAGGCACCAGCUCAGGCCCCCAAUCCAGAGAAUCUGUGUCCUCCCGGGAAGCCUGGAGCUUCAGCCUGGCGCCCCACCCCACAGUGCGAGAGCGGGGGGUAGUGGGUAGAGCGUCAGGCGACCUCCACUUGGCUGUUGUGAAGCUGCCUGAUGUUCUUGGGCUAGGCAGGGAGUCUCUCUCUGAGGGGCUGUUGGUGUCAACCCCAAUAGACCCGACUUCUCUGGCCCGGAUAGAUUUGUGGGUUGGGCUGGGAGGGGCGGCUCCUCUGGUGGGGUAGGCAGAAUUUCGGAAGUGGGGAGCAGCUCCAGGAAGGAGGGGGCAAACCAUGUAUGCCUUGGUUUGAUCAGGAGGCGGGAGCCACUCUUGCCCUUCUGGAAUGGCUGCUCUCUUGGACGUGGGUUGGGUGGGAAGCGGGCUUUGCUCUCUGUGGGUAGCAGCCACUGUGUGCAUGUGGAUCUGGGGCCUGUCUGAAACCAGGUGCGUCUCUAGGCAUGUUCAGAGUGCAUCACUGGAGCCGGCUGCCAUGCUUCUAGGGAAUGCAGCGUGAUGGCUCCUGUCCAUCUGAAGCCGCUUUUGUGAGCUCGCCCGGCCCCCUUUCUCCAUUGGAGGAGGCUGACUUGCCAAACAGCUUGUUGGGGACUAAUUAAUUCUUGAUUGGAUCAAUGACCUGCCAGAGACCAUCAGGAGAAGAAUGCUGCUCGCCCACGCGCAGAGGGCUGCUGCUGGUUUCUGCGCCUGGGCUGUGCCUUGGGAAGCUGGGGAGCGCGCCUCCGCCUCCGCCUCCUUCUUGUGAAACACAGGGAAGCCGCUCGCUUCCAGCAGCCAGAGGCGCUCUUACCCUUGGAGUUUGGGGCCAAAGUCCAGGGCCUCCACAGCCCCGGGGGGGCCCCAAGUCCUCUCCAGUCUGGCCUGGGGGGUGGUGAGGUUUGUGCCCUCAAGAACCUACAUGUUGAAAAAUGCAGGUGCUUCACUUGCCACGGAGGGUGGGGCCUCCAAAGGCCUCGAGGGCCAGGCUCCCCAAUGGCCCACUCGGGGUGCUCCUCCCAGGCACCGCGCUCUCUGCCUUUCCUCACGGGGCGCUCGUGGCGGAGGGGCCCUUUCCUCGCCGCCCCUCCCAUCACCCCCCCCCCCCGCCGGCCGACUGGCUGGCCGGCAGGGCUUGGGCUUGUGUUCCUGCGCCGGCUCCGGGCUGGGUCCCCUGGCGCUGCAGGGAGAAGGGGUGCUCUCCAAGGGCCCUAAGCCAGCAGCCGGACCCCCGCAUCCCCCCCCCGCCGCCCCAUGGCUGGCCCAGACUUCCCAGGCUGCCCUGGCUGGCUCUGACUCUGUGGGAAGAAGCGGAGCGCGUGGUGGUGGCCGCGGCUCGCUCAGCCAAACAGCCUGGAAGGGGCUUAAUCCCGGAUUCUGCUGUCCAAACUGUCUGGGGCAGAAGCCGGGCCGGGGAGGCCGCUGGCCGGCCACUGUCAGCACUUCCGCCACAGCAGGAAAGGCAGCUUCCACUCCCCCCUCAUCACAGGCGCCGCCGCCGCUGGCCAUCAGCCAGGCUUGGCAGAGCCCAGUGGGGGGAGGGAGGGCAGCCUGAGUCCGUGGGGGUGGGGUGGGGGGUGUCUGGUGGGAUCUGCUGCUGCAGCUCAGCUGAUCACCAGAUCCAGCUGGCGCGGUGACUCCCCCCCCCCCCGCCACUGCUCUCAGGCCGGGCCUUCCUGCACCGCGGUCGUCUUCUUCAGCGGGGCAGGAAACAGUCCCUCUCGCUGCUGCUCUGCCAUCGGCCUGCCCUCCUGCAGGAGUCCUCUGCCAUCUCAGGGUCCUGCCGCUUCCCUGCUGGCUUCUUGCUCUUGAGGUCGUGGAAGCCAAGUAGUGUCUCCCCACCCCACCCCAUUUCGCAAAUCUCUCCUCAAGUUCCCUUUUGCUUGCUUCUAGCCACUCACAUGUCUUCUGUUUCCUUCAUUUGGGCAGGACUCCCCAUUUUGGAAGGAGCCGCUCCUACCUUUUGUAGCUCCCCUGACACUGCUCUUUAGCCACGCUGGCAUCCUCUUGGAUUUGUCUUGCUUCAGCUCUUUUACCUGUGCUCCUGUGAGAGUGGCUUCAAAGCCAAGCUUCCUGAACACAUUAGAGACUUCUAGAAGUCCUGCUUUUUCAGCGGGGACUGAGCGUGCCCAAGAUCUGGCUCAGGGUUUCUUGCAAAUGGGGAGAGUCCAUUCAGGCCAGCUCAGGGAGACUCCACCUUCCUCUGCGGCAGUCCCCAGGUGCUGCUUCCCCCACCAGCCUAAUUGGAGCAGGCCACACUUGCUGGUCUAAGCAGCCAUGAAAGAAUCUGGCACCCUGCAGGGAGCGGCUGCCAGGCUGAGUUGCUCCCGCAGCGCUCGAUGGCUCACGUGGCCUGCAUCAGCGCACAAGCGAGGGGCUGCACUGCUGGGGCCAGACGGACCGGAGGUCAGUCCCAGCAGUUCUCUGGCACUGCCCCACCCGCCGGGCGGGAGCAGCUCAGCCGCCGUGAGACUCGGGGCCAGUCAGCUGGAAGGCAGACUCCUCAGCCGCCCAGCCUCAGAGGCUUUGCAGGCCGCAGCAGCCCUCCACGUGGGACGCCGCCGCUUGGCAGCCGCAGCCUCUGAAGCCACAAGUGCGAGUGGAAGCCACCUCCCGCCACUGGGAGAGGGCUGCUCCUGCGACCAGCCGGGACUGUGUUCGGGACCCCCUCAGCCGCUGCCUCUGCGGCUGCCCCUGCUCCGCUUGGGACCCCUAGGCUGUCCUGCCCCCUCCGUCCCAAGGCAAUGGAGAGGGGUCUGGGUUCGUGGCAGGGACAGGGGAGGAGGGGCCGUAGGAAGCCAGGCCCUGGGUCCAUCUCACUUUGCAGCUGCCCAGAUGUUCUGCCACUGGGCUAUGGCCCCCAACCCCCCCCCCCAGUUCUGAAUUCUCUCUCAUCCAAAUGCAAAUCAGGGCAAAUCAGCUGCUCUCCUCUCCAGACCCUUCCUCCGUGGGGCUGGCAUGGCCUCUCGUAGCCCUGUCUGGGAGGAGGAGCCAGCAUGGGGGGCCACAUCCUGCUGCUGCUGCUGCUGCUCUGGAGAGGCCUUUGCCAAGUGCCAGCGGCUUGAUUCGGAAGGUUUCCUUGCGUGCCUCUUGCAAGCAGAGCCCAUAUGGUUCCUGUUUAAGGAAGCAGUUUGGAAAACAACAUUGGGGGCUGGGGGGGGAGAUAGGCUGGCCUGGAAGUCUGGCAACGGGAGCGUGGUGGUGGUGGUGGUGCACGUGCUGGCCUAGAAGGAUCAGGAUGUGGCCCCUCGCUCUGGCUGGAGACCCUUCCCCAAGAGCUCCUCUGCCUGCACUCCCAGCCCCCUCCCUGCCAUGGGGACUCUCUGAGUGCCCCCCCCCCCCAGUUCUGCUGCAGGUUUUGGAUCCUGGGCUGUGCCCUUUGCUAUGGAGGGGGGCAGGGGUCCCAGCCUGCAGGGAGGCUCCCCUGGCUGAAGGAGACCCCUCCCCUCUUCUCCCCACCUGAUCUGAUGGAUGUGGGGCCUACAAGUGACCACUCAGAGCACCUUCAGGCUGCAAGAGGGUCGCGUUUGCUGCCCCCCCACUUGGACCCCCCCUUUGAAAGAUGGGGUGCCAAGAGGCUGCUCUGCACCCCAGCCCAGCCGUGAAUCCGCAGCAGUGCACGGACCCCUCCGUGGGCUGGUCGGGCCCCAACUCCGCCUCCGGCUGCUGCCCUGAAGAAGCAGCAGACUGCAGAGAGGCAGACCGGCCCUGACUCCCCCAGCCAGGCGGUGGCCCUCUGGGAAAGGGCUUCCGGCCAGCAGCAGCCACCACCUGCUGCAGCCCAGCAGUUGUUGGGGGGGGGGGGGGGGGCGGGCUCAGCAGGGCGUAGGUGGUGGGCCGGGGGUCUCUCUCUGGGGAGGCUGCUCAGGAGCGCGGGCCAGGCAGUGGGGCCAGUGGUGGAUGGGCCUCUUGCCUGGCUCCCCUCCCUCCGGCCAGGCUUCUCCCCACGGGGUCCCACACAGAGGAAGCCCACCACCUGCUGCCCCCCUGGGCUGGGCUGGGCGGAGGCCCCUGCUGAUGGGCCCCCCUCCUGCAGUGCAGUGAGGCUGGAGGGCCGUCCUCUCAGCAGACCCCCCCCGCCCUUGCUGGAUGCGGCCAGGCAGCCCAGGCUGCAUGUGCUGGGGGGGAGCACCUGGCCCCUCCCUCCCGGCCCUGCAGAAGCCAGCUGAGAAGUGUGGGAGAGGGGAGGGCUGCCCUGCCCUGCCCUGCCCUGCCCUGCCCUGCCCUCCCUCCCUGCCUGCUGCUGCUGCCAGCCUCUGGUGGCGAUUCCCACGGAGCAGAGCCCUGCUGCCUCUUUGGACCAGCCAGCCUGGGAAACUCCGCCCUGGCUGAGCUCAGCUGAGGAGUCACACAGCACGCCUCCCGCCCCUGGCUGGGAAUCACCAGGCUUGGGGCGGGGCCAGAGCAAGUCCUGGGGGGACCACUGGGGCGCUGGAGGGGGGAAGGAAGGGGGGUGUUGUCAAGCCUCUCCCGUGGCCUGGAGGUCGCGCUCCUUUGGAGGGAGGCUCAGGGGCCCAGCCUGAAGCCGAGGACUGUUCCGAGGGGUUUGCUGCCUUUCGCUCUGGCUGGCUGCUGCCCUUCCAGAAAGACGCCCACCGCCGGAAGUGGCUCAGACGAGGCUGGGCACAGAAGUGGCUUCAGAGGGGAACUCCCACGGGGCUGUAGGGGUUUCUGCUAAGGGGGAGUCGGAUGUUCCGCCCCUUCCUGGCUCAGAGAAGGGCAACCAAGGCAGCAGCCAGGGGUCUGGACGUAGUGGAGGGGAGGCUGGGGGUGUUCGGCUGGGAGAAGGGCUGGCUGGAGCAGGAGCGUGAGGGUGCUAGUGCUCGCCCGAGGCUUGGAGAGGGCAGCAGGACCGGCCUGCCGUUGCAAGGGGGUCUUGGGCGAGGCGGAGCCGGUGCGCAUGACCUCGGAAGGCUCCGAUUGCCGCUGCAAGUGCGUCCUGAGGCCCCUUAGCAGAGCCGCCUGCAGCCGCCUGCGGGAGGGCCGCGCGGAGGAGGACUUCUACACGGUGGAGACAGUCAGCUCGGGCACCGACUGCCGCUGCUCCUGCACCGCCCCUCCGGCUUCGCUCAACCCCUGCGAGGACGAGUGGAAGAUGGAGAAGCUGAAGAAGAGGGCCCCCGAGCUCCUGAAGCUGCAGUCCAUGGUGGACCUCCUGGAGGGAACCCUCUACAGCCUGGACAUGAUGAAGGUCCACUCCUACCUCAGCAAGGUGGUCUCCCAGAUGAACACCCUGGAGGAGAGCAUCAAGGCCAACCUGAGCCGGGAGAACGACUUCAUGAGGGAGAGCGUCCUGCAGCUGAGCAGCCAGAUGAAGCGCUACGAGAACUACUCGGAGGUCGUGCUGGGCAUCCAGAAGGAGCUCUCCAGCCUGGGCUCCCGGCUGCUGCAGAAAGAUGCCGCCGCCACGCCCGAGAGCAAGGCCCAGGACCCAGCCGGAGGGAGAGGCAAGGUCACUGGUGGGAAGUAUCCCAGUCCUCGGAAGAGCCCGGGCGAGAAGGCCCCCCUGCGGGCUCCCCAGGAGAAGCCGCCCAGGAAGGAGAACGCCAAGGGGCGGGCUGGCCCCCCUCAGCCCACCCCCAAGCCCAAGCCCUCCUCGGGGCACCCGCAAGCCACCGUGGUCCGGGGCUUCACUUACUACAAGGCCGGCCGCCGGGAAGAAGCCGAGGGGAUGGUCAGCAACCAUGAGACCCCCACGAAGGCAGGGGAGCCAGAGACGGGCAGAGCGCUCGAGCCCCACACAGUCCGGGAGGGCCAGCCGAGGUCAGCAGCUCCCCGCACCACCCGAGUGCCCAGCACCAGUGGCAUCAGCACCACACAUGCGCCUAGCAUCACUUGGGCUCCCAGGACCGGAGGCCGCAAUCGGCCAGGCACAGCUCUUCCUGUCGGAGAUCAGGGCAACGCCACGGAGGGGCCUGCCACCCCUCACCGCAGGCGUGAGGCGGAGUGUGAAGGCACCCUGGCGGCGGUGGAGGCGCCGGAGGAGCAGCACAGCUACGGGCGCAACGAGGGCGCUUGGAUGAAGGACCCCACUGCCCCAGACGGCCGUCUCUACGUCACCAACUACUACUACGGGAACAGCCUGGUGGAGUUCCGGAACCUGGACAACUUCAAGCAAGGGCGCUGGAGCAACCUGUACAAGCUGCCCUACAACUGGAUCGGCACGGGGCACGUGGUCUUCCGGGGCGCCUUCUACUACAACCGGGCCUUCACCAAGAACAUCAUCAAGUACGACCUGCGCCAGCGCUUCGUGGCGGGCUGGUCCCUGCUGCACGACGUGGUCUACGAGGAUACCACGCCGUGGAAGUGGCGAGGCCACUCGGACAUCGACUUUGCUGUGGACGAGAGCGGCCUGUGGGUGAUCUACCCGGCCGUGGACUACGACUACUCCCAGCAGGAGGUUAUUGUGGUGAGCAAGCUGGACCCUGGGGACCUCUCUGUCCGCAGGGAGACCACCUGGAAGACGGGCCUCAAGCGCAACUCCUACGGGAACUGCUUCCUCGUCUGCGGCAUCCUGUAUGCGGUGGACGAGCACAGCGCCAAGGAGGGGCAGGUGACCUAUGCCUACGACACCCACACGGGCACCGAGGCCAACCCCAGGCUCUCCUUCCACAGCGCCUUUGCCUUCACCACACAGAUCGACUAUAACCCCAAGGAGAAGGUCCUCUAUGCCUGGGACAACGGCCACCAGGUCACCUACGGGCUGCGCUUUGCAGCCUGAGGGCGGGGGGAGGGACCCUCACCCAGCUGGACACACCUUCCUCCCAGCCCUGGCCUCCUUUCUGGGGAUGGGGAGCCCAGCAGAGGCCCGCUCGAAUGGGGCCUGGCCGUGCCUUCCGGAGGGGUCUCCAUCCAUCCCCAGAGCGGUCUCGGGAAGGGGAGGCUCCCACACCCCCCCACUCUUUGCUGCUGCUUCCUUCUGGGAACGCUCUGUGGAGGUAUGUGGCUCCUCCUUGAUCUAGCCCGUUGCAGGAAUAAGAAACAGCCCUUGUCCUCUUCACAGCUUCCUGCAGGCUGGAGGUGGAGGUGGCGAGGGGGCCCGGAUCAACCCCUGGCGGUGGUGCUGGGCCACUGCCAGGCCUGAUCCCGGCCACAGGGUGGCAGCUGGGAGGGGGCUGAGCUUGCGGUUGCAGCUGCUCCCCCAGAGUCAGGGCAGACUCCCUCGGCCCCCUUUCCCUCCCCCACCCUCAAAGCCAAAGGGGGGCAGAGCCGGGCAGCCCCUCUCCUGGCCAGAGUGCCCCCCACCCCGCAGGCCUGCUGGCCAGCCAGCCCUCCAGGGUUCUUCCUUCCUUCCGGAGGGGGGGGGGGCGGUGGCCUCCAGCUUCUGCUCGCUGGGCUCCAGCUGUGGAAGGAAGCCCCCGCCCAGCCCCGCCCCCAGCCCUUUGCCAAGGGCCUCCUGGUCUCCUCCUGGCCACACGUACCCCCUCGCCUCCUUGUGGGUCUGUGAUGGGAGGCAGCUCCCUCUGCAGCAGGUGAGCUGGGAGGUGGGGGCACAUAUAUAGCAGGAAAAGUCCCCCCUCUGGGAAGCAGCGCUCAGGCCUGGCCAGCAAAGGGCCUCCUGGAGGAAAGGCCAGCCUCCCCCCCACCUGCCCUUCUGCUCACUCUGGGGGUGGGUGGGAUUCAGCUAAGAAGCAGCCCUGCCAGAGGGCCCCCCCGCCCCCCUUCUUUGGCCCUUGCUGAUUGGCUGGCGGGGAGGGAGGGAGGGAGAGCCUGGCUGCAGCCUGGUCAGGCUCUCUGGGCUGGGGGCUUGCUUGGUGCCUGCCUCCCUCCCCCCCUCCCCUCCCCCCCCAGCUGGCAGCAGAGCUCUCUGCACCCCCCACCCCAACAACUUGCACAGCCUCACUGGCUCCUCCUCAGAGUUUUCACAAAGGAGCCUUUACACGCCUGCCCCCCCCCCACCAAAAAGCAGCUCCCAAUCUUGUGGCUGGUAAAAUCCUGCUUUACUGGGGCUGGACAGAGACCUGGGGGUGCAGCCCCCAUGUCCUCACACUCUCUCUCUCCCUCAAAAAAAGGACCCCCACCUCAAAUUGAGGCUUCCCCCCUCUCCUCCUUCCCCUCCCCACCUUGGGUGAUCCACCGGAAGCAUGGAUGGCAUUCCUUGCUCUGUCAGGCCAGCGGUUUUUCUCAGCUUCCCCUCUUCAGAAGGGCCAAAGGGCCUUUCAUGCUGUUCUAGACCCUCACAGAGGAAGCUGUGCCUUGUACGGAGUCAGAGACCUGGUCCACCUAGCUCAGGACUGCCUGCUCUGGCCGGCAGCGGCUCUCCGAGGUUCCAGGCUCAGGGGUCUCUCCCAGCCCUGUCUGGAGAUGCUGCUGCUGCUGCUGCCGCCGCCGGGGAGUGAGCCUGGGGCCUCCUGCAGGGUGUGUCUGGCUAGGGAGGAGGGCCUGUGGGCGGCAGUCCUGGGCUCCCAGGGAAGCUGCUCCUGGCUGCCUUUCGGAGCUGGCCAGAAGCCGGCUGGAGCCCCUUCGGCCGGCAGGCAGCUGGGCGGGGGGCUCGUGAGGGAGGCGCGAGGCAAGCCGCACCCCCCGGCCGCCUCCCCUGGGCUUCGGCUCUGCGAGGGGAGAGAGAGCCCUUGCCCUGCCCGUGGGGCCCACAGGAGGGGGAGGGUCCCAGUUCCAACAGGACCCCGGAGGGCCAGGCGUGUCUGUGCGAGGGGCUCUUGCUCCUGCCCCCAGGGCCAGUGGGCUCGCGGGAGAGGGAGGCUGCGCGGGCACCUGCUGGCCGUUGUGGCCAAGCCCCCAUGCAGGCCCUGCAGCUGCAGCAGGACGGGGCGGCUGCCGCUGGUCUGUGCUGCGGCAUUGCUGGGAAACCAGCGCUGGGUGCCUCCUCCAAGGCGAGGCCGAAGAGGCCUUUGCCUGGCUCGGAGGCAAGUGGCAGGUUUGGGCUCAGAGCCUCCUGCAGGCCGGCCUGGGGGGGGGGAGGGGCUCGCUGGCUGCGCCGCCCCCCCCCCCCCCGCCGGGCCAGCAGGAUCGGGGCUGCUCUGGCCCCUCUGCCCUCUGCACGCAGCAGCUCCGCAGGCUCCCUCCAGGCAGUGGCUGCUGCGUCCCGAAAGGGCAAAAGUCUCUGGCUCAGGAUGACGCCACCCUCGCCGCGGAUCUCCUCACAGCAGCCCCUUUGUUGUCUGGAGCGCAGCGGGUGCCCCAGGGCGCCUGGGCCCAGCGGCUCCUCUGUCCGGGCCACAAGCAGCCCCUUCUCCCAGCGGUCUGAGGAAUGCAGCUCCCCCCCCCCCCCCGCCGUGCCUGUCUGGAAGCCCACGGCCUGGAGAGCGGUGGCGGCUGCUGCUGCUGCUGGUGGAGGCCGCUGGGAGGCCGGAGCUCUGCGCUUGGGCCACUGGGCCAGAGACGGAAGGCCGGGCCUCCCCCCAGGCUGGUUGUCUGGCGCUUGAGGCUGCUUCCCAGCCACACUCUCCAAGUGGCUGCCGCUGCCGGGUCACUCUUUGGCCCAGGCGGUGCUGGCUGCGGGAAGCAGCGUCCGCCCAGCGUCAUCGGGGGUCCCCCUUGGAGAGCACUGGCUGGGAGCGGGGCUCCACUGCAGCCUCCCCAGGCGAUGGGGUGUUCAGCAGAGGCCAAGCCCGAGUGGGGCUAGGGGUCGCGUUUGGCAACAGCCUCCCAAACGGGCCCCCCAUGGCAGGAGGUGGCGGCGGCGGCUCUGAAGUGCCGAAAUGGCGCUCCUGCGGCCAGGGGUGGGCCCCCUCCGUGCCUCCGGCAGCCAGAGGGAGGCCUCUCCGGCUUCUUCCUUCAGCCCUGAACUGCUGAGUCGAGAGCAGGAAAGUGAGCCCCAUCCCACCGCCCGCUUGCUUGCGCUCAGGGCUGAUCCUGCUCCUUUCCGAAUCACGGCAGGCUCUGCACUCAGGCUCGCAUGAAGACCUCCCGGAGGAAGGGUCUGCUCGGGGCAACAUGGGGAUGGCCCAGUCUGUGUUGCUGGCCCUUACCUAGUUGUGUCUUCCCUCCCCCCUCCAUGGGAAACCUGGGCUAAGCCCAAAUGAUAGCCUUGCUGAAGCAAAAUGCUGGUUGCUUUAAGUGUUUAAUGGUAGGGGAGGAGAGGCCUUAUUGCCCACUGUGUGGUUGGAAAGGGAAUCCCCCAAGCCAGAAAAUCUCAAGAGGGAUGACAUGCCUGUGGGAACUACACAGGCAACGUCUCUUACAAAGAAGGGCCUGGGGGCGGGGCGGGGCUGACGGGCAUCUUUGUACUUUCUGCACUUUGGGGCAAGAGCGGCGAGGGGAGCCCUUCCUCCCCCAGAGUACUUACAUAGGUUCUGCAGCACACACCCAGCUCGGCUUGGGCCCCUGCGCCCCUCUCAGUUCAGGGUGUGCUGACAUGCCAGCCUACCUUGGGCCGCCCUCCCGCCUUGGUCACGAAUGCUCUGGCCGCUGAUGGUGCAGUGUGACACCGUGAGUUGCUUUGGUCCGUCCUGCCAGCUGCUUUAGCAGAGCCCUUUGAAGUUCGUUGAACUGGACUCCGCAAUGGACAGCAGACAGCGGGGGGGGGCGGUCUUUGGUGAAAGGGUUGUUGGCACCAGCUCUGACCUGGGGCUGAUGUGGGCUCCUGCAAACUUAUUCCCCUGCCCUCGUCAGCUGAUUUCCAUCGCCUGAGCUGCCUUAGCUGACUGGCUCAUGUGUCCCCAGCCCCUGCCACCCUUCUAGGAGCCGGGCUUUUUUUCUUGAGCCAUGUGGAUUGGUCCUCUUCCGGAAUUUGGCUCCGAGGGCAACCUCUGCUCACCCUGGGGGUUGGGAUUCCAGUAGGAAGUAGUCCUGGUACACAGUAUUUAAAAAAACCUUCCCAGGCCUGCCUACAUGUAAAAUGGCUUGCACGCCCCUCUUCGAGUUUAACUGAAACACAGUUGUCAGUUCUCAGCCUAGCUUCUUCAGAGACCCUGAAUGUCGUGCUCUUGGGUGUCAGUUAAAAACCUGGGGUGUUCCUGCUGGCUUUGUAUACAGAGAUCAACAUCAGCAAAGGACUCCUCUGCCUGGGGAAUGGCAUCAGUGCUCUGGGGGGACAAAUCCAAGGACAGCUUUAUCCCUCACAGGGACUCCAAGCCGACCCUCCUCCCCCGUAAUCUGCUAAAACAAGAAACCAAAGGGGUGUCCCUGAGCCCAAACUGCUGCUCCUACACUCUGGGAAGAAGCAGCCAGUCUCUGAUGAUUGCCUGUGCGAGUCCUGCCAAAUCCAACCUUACAGAGACAAGGGCAGUCCUGAACCUGCAGCCAGUGAACCGCUGCAUGGCAAAAAGAGCAGAUUUGCUUUCAUUGCAACUGGAGGAUUGUGCCGCAUGAUGGCCCCCACCCCCGUUUUUCCAUCUAUGGUCCAGGGUUUUAAAUGAUUAACAAACUGUUUACAAUUGUGUUGAGCAGGCGGGGAGUAACUGGCCCUCUCCACCCCCAGCACCGUACCUCCAGUGACUGUUGCUGGUGUCAUGUUUCCUUUUAGAUUGCGAGCCCUUUGAGGACAGGGAGCCAUCUUAUUUAUUAUUUCUCUGUGUAAACGGCCCUGAGCCAUUUUUGGAAGGGCGGCAUAGAAAUCGAACUAACAACAACAACAAAUAAUUGUCGAUUUCCAGGGUUUUUUUACUGUUUAAUUGAUUUUAUUGUCUUUUAAUAGUUUGAUUUUAACUGUUAGCUUGUUUUAAUUGUUUUUAUCGUGCUGUAAACCGCCCGGAGCCAUUUUGGAAGGCCGGUAUAUCAAUCAAUCAAUCAAAUAAAUAUGUGGGGAUGAGUUUUCUUCCAGGCAGUGUGUGCAUACGUGCAUUCAAAGUGGAGCAGAAUCUAAAAUUAAACUGCUGCCAGCAAAAAACUUGAGUGGGGAUGCACAUGUGCACACCUUAGAGCGGACACUCGCCUCGCCUCCUCCCGCCUUGGAGCUCUGUGUGGUGCGGAGAGUGAAAACGAACACUUGCCUAGCCCCGGAAGCUUCCCACCUUCCGGGAUUCCCAGGGGUUGCUGGACAAGGCCACAUGGCGGCUGGGGGAUCAUGGGGAAUGUAGUCCCACAGCUUCCGGGAACCCCGAGUGCCGGACCUCCUUACACUGAAGGGAGGGGAGGGGGACUGCGCCAAGCGGGACCUUCCCAAGAGUGGGAACUCCUUACCACCAGACGAGAGCGUCACCAGGCAGCAGAGCGGCCCGGAAGGGCGGGCAUGGCUGCUGGGGGCGGCUGUGGGGUGGAGACGCGCUCUACAAAGCCACCGCGACGUCUAGGGAACCCACUUCUGCUCUCCCUGCCAAUGUCCCGCCUCCAUCCGCCAGAAGUGCUGCUCUGAGACGCUCAGAGCACGAGGCGGCUGCUCCAAGGCAGGAGAGCAGUUCCUCCCCUUGUAGGUUCGCUCUAGCAGGCCUGUGCAGCAGGUACCGUGCUUUUUUCUUUACAUCACUUCCGCCGGGGCCAGACGCAGCAACGCAAGCUGCUCUACAGUUCCGAAGCGCAUGCUCAGCAGCCCACGAGACGACUCCUUCUGCAGCCCAGACUAGUCAAAACCUGGCGAGACAUCCAUGCUGCCAGGCUAUCCAAAACGGCACGGAGGCUUCAGGGCGGGCCACUGGGCGUGCGCAGCCGCCGGUACAGACAUGCGCAGAGGGCGCAGAGACGCAAAGCCUCGGCGGGGGAAUUCUGGCGGGCUUUCUGCGCUCCUCCCCGCGGGCCCCUGGGAGCCGAGUCCACUUCUCUGAUUGGUUGGCGGGGUGACAGGCGCUUCACUGAUUGGCGAGCAGCUGGACAGCGGGCUCCGCCUCCCGCAGCUGAAGCUCGCGACGCCUCGAGCGCGCUACGUUUGAUGGAGAAAUAAUUUGAGACACCUGAGGCGGCACGAGCCGCACGAGGAGGAAGACCAGCAGGGCCGAGAAAGAGAAGCUCCCCCCAGGGAACCAGGGGCCCCCACGCCCCACACUGCAGCAGGGGGGCCAAGGCCGGGGAGGAGAGGCUUUCGUCAGGGAACUAGGGGGCUUCACGCCCCACAUUGCCCCUACUCGGCUGCUGAGGAAGGCCAACCACAAGCCUCUAAGGGGCAGAGAAAUGCUCUGAGGGAAGGCUGUCUCCAAGACGGCAAGGAAGGACUCCAUGCCCAGCAGUGGCUUUUACCUCAGCAUUUUAGUGAGAAUAAUUAAUAAAUAGUCAUGGAGGAAAAGCUGUCUCUAAGCUUGCUUCUAAUCCUCUGGGGGAAGUGCGCUAUGCCCAGCCUUGGCUUUUACCUCACCAAAAUAAUGAUAAUAAAUCUCUGUUGCUUCAGAAAAAGGAGGAGGAAACCACUCAAGCCAUGCUACUUAGCCAGGAUAGGGCUUUUUAAAAGAAUACUUUGUGGGAGAGUGGUGGGAUUACGGUCUUCAAGACCCCUGCCAAAAGCCAGUUUCUGAAGGGAAGGGAAGUUUCUGAGUGGGGAGUUCAUCUCUCUGCUUUGGCUUCAUCUUGCCAAAAGAACUCAAACCCCUUCUGUGGAUGCUGCAGCCGUGCUGACGUGUGCAAAAGCCCUGCCACCUCACUGCCCACAUUUGUAGCAUUUGUCUGCAGAGGGCAACACGCCACAGAUUCUCCCCGUCCUCAGAACACUGGGGCGCCACAGUCUUCUGCAUCACGGUGAAAACCUGUCCACUCUUAGCGCGUUCUUGCUCUGUGCAGACAAAUGCUAGAACUAUGGACCGCGUAGGGCAGGACUUCUGAGCGCAACGGCACAGGGGCUGUAGCAGGAAAUUCCCUGAGGCCAGGGGCUGCUGUGCAACUACAGACUGGCCCUUUUAGUCUGAGAAAACUGGGUGCGACCUGAGGCUCCUUUAUUCUCCCAACAGCUGUGUAUGGCAGCAUAAUUCCUAAGAGAGUGGCUGGCUUGAAUGGAACACCCUCCCUGCGCAUUAAAAGGCUUAGGCUUCUAGAUACUCAGAACACUUUUCUGAGGCAGCAUAAUCUCUAAUUUUCAGGCAGGCUUGUAUGGAACAUGCUUCAGGCUUCUUAAUUCUCUCAAGAGAAGAGAGGAUUCUCUUUAUAGUCUCUCAAAUUCUUUUUAAUGAGUUAUAUCUUUUCAUAUUUGUGAAUGGCAUAGAGCUAUCUGGAUGAGGGGUAUAGACACUUAAUGAAAGAAUGAAUAAAUAAAACAGCUGUGGGAGUCAACAUAAUCUCAAAAAUGGGGGCUGGCUUGUAUGCAUGAUAGAAGCACUAGGAUGCUUUAUAACUGCCAACUUUAUAGGGAAGGAUAAUCUCAAAUUUAGAACCUAUCUUUAACUGAAAAUUUUUCAUGUGUGUUCUCUCCCCACAACAUCGCUUGGAGGACAAUUUAGCAAAAAGAAACGGAGUUGGUGCAUGUGUCCCUAUGACCCACAGACUGGAGUGCUGCUCUUGGAGCAUUUGUUCCUCUCCAGAGGCCAACGUGGCAGGAAUUUAGCUACCUUGAACGGGAGAGACUUCAUGCCUCUUCCAUUGCAUCCCCUCGACAACCCUGCGUGGCAAACCGGGCCAGAAGAAACGGAGUCGGCGCAUGUGUCCCUACGACCUCCAGGCCGGAGUGCAGCUCUUGGAGCAUUUUCUCCUCCCAAGGGGCCAACGUGGCAGAUUUCACAAAAGGCGGCAACCACACACAAGCCAAGGAAGGAGGAAAAGAGUCUCAUGGAAGAACCAAGAGGCAGCGACACACAAGCCACAAAGGAAUUAAAAGAGCCGAUGACGAUGCACAAGAUAGCCAAAGCAAGGGCUGUGUUCCCCACCGCCCUGAAUGCUCUGUCAAUCCAGGGUCCAUCAGUAGAAACUUCAGGCUGCUUUGUUCUCUCACCACCUGUGGAAGGCAGCAUGAUCUCUCAUUCUGUGGCUGCCUGGAAUGAAACACGCUUCAUGUAUGUUACAAGCUUCAGGCGUCUUUAUUCUCCCAACAGCCUUGUCAAGCUGGAUAUCCUCUAAGAUGGAGACUGCCUUUAACAGGACACACUUCAUGUGUGCUGCAUGCUCAGCAAUCCUUUGUGCCAUGUUUGGAAAGAAGAAACAGAGUUGGCACACAUUUGCAAUGACCUCCAUGCCGGAGUGGGGAUUUUGGAAUGUUUUUUCCUCCCAAGAGGCCUGUGUGGGAGGCAGGAUCAAAGACGGGCUGGACCAAGUGGGUUUCAAGAAAGAGCACAAGGAAUGAGGAGGACAUAGAGGACAAGACAAGCUGACCUGAUCAAUCUUGUGACGAGGAGGCGCAUUGUCCGAGAAUUGAACAGAUUUCAGGAAAGAGCUGAAGGAGCGAGGACAAGACAAGCUGUCUCAAUCUCUUUCGUGAUGAGGCUUCAUCAGAGAACUGAAGAACAUAUACAAAAUAUAAAGAUGUAUACAAAUACUGAGCAUACUUAUUUAUUACAUACCGAUUGUCACAGGAGAAUAGAAAAAUGAAACUCUGAAAAUGUAUUACUCAGGAAAUCUAAGGAGUCAUCCUUCAUAAAUGCCUCAUACUCUAACAUCAUGUGGAUUUGCUCACACUUCAAAUAAAUUAUGUAACUUGUUCUUUCCCAAAGGAUUUCAAAAACAGACCAGUGGAGGCGACAAGAGACAAGCCACGCCAAGCAAAACUGCAUUACCCUUUUAGGGUUUUUUUUCAGAUUGGUCUCAAAACGAGUGGCUGGCUGCUGCAAAUAGAGGCUUCAAGCGAGAGUUGAUUUUGUCCUUAACCCUGUGAGGUAAGUUAGCCUGGAAUAAUAUGUGCUGGCUUCAAGGGUUCAUGCCUAAAAAAUAAGAAUACAUUUGUUUAAAUUGUUUGUAUCCUGUCUAUUCAAGAGCCUUAAACAACCAUCUCUUCAGCCUGGCUUUUAAUGAUAUCUUGUUUUAAUCUUAAUUUUAAUUAGAUUUAAUCUGGUUUAAAUGUUUCUUGAUUUUAAUUUUUAUUUUGUGUUUUUUUAUUUUAAUGUAAACCAGCCUGAGCCAAUGAAUGAAUGAAAUAAUAAAUAUUCAGCAAAAUGCUAUUCAGGGCCGCUUGCCCUCUCUUAAAUGAAAACAACAACCACCACCUACUAAAUGCAAAACAACAACAAAACCCACUAUUAAAUGCAAGCUCCCACACUACUAAAUUAAAAAAAAAACACUACUAAAUGCAACAACCCCCCGCAAAGCCCACUACUAAAUGGGAAAAAACCCCACCACUAAAUGCACACACUCCACUAAUAAAUGCAAAAAAAAAUUCACUACUAAAUGCAAUAAAACAGAAGAUAAAAUAGACAAGAAAAAAGAGCAUUCACAACUAAAAACUGAGUAUUCUAAACAGGAGUUAAAAAAACAACCACCAUUGGCUCUGUUCACCAGCCAUUCUCAUUGAACUCUGUUGGUACAUUACUCGUCAGGUUUUUUCACCCGUCAGGCAUCCUUUUUCACUUGUCACAGAUGGGUAGACUAGUGGAUUUUCUGAGCCCUGAUUCUAAACUUGGAUUGGAGAAAAAUGGAAUUUUUUCUUGGUGCAGAUCUCCUGACCUAGCUGCUUUGCGUGAGUAUUUGUUCAGUGAAUCUGAAAAAACUAUUAGCGUGAUGUUUGAAACUAACAUUUAACACAUUUGUUAAAGAUUUGUGGUAAUGUUUUAUUUUGAAACAUGAAUUAUUUGAAAUGAUGAAAGAAUGUUAAUAUGCCUAUAUAUUCUCUUUUUACCCAGCAGGUUGACUUGUAUACAGUGCCAUGUGGAUGGUGCAUAAAUCCCUGCCAAGGAGGAUAUUGCAAGAAAUCGGAAAUGUAUAAAAGUGGCUACUGUCAGAGGGAUGUGGGCUUGUGAGGAGGAAUGUCACUGUGAACCACACGCUUCAAGGAAGGGCUUUUUGAACCAGGAUGCAGCCUGCAGCUACGCUUAGGAACAUGGCAGCUGGCAAAAGUGGUGCUGCAACCCCUUCUGUGCUGCUGACACACAAGAGAAAAACCUUCUUUCCAUCCUGGGCCUUUUGCCCAAGAAAUCUCAAGAACCUAGAACUUAUGUGCAAAGCAUUUCUAAAUGGAAGAAGUGAAAACCCCACCAGCUCUUUACUCACUAAAUACUUUUUGUUGCCUCUGUGUAUCUCUUGUUGGACUCCCCUUGAAGCUAAAGAUGUGAAAUGCCAUUUGUACCCUGGGUCUCUCACCAAACAACUCUCAAGCCUGCAAAGUUUCUUGGAAAAGCAAAGCGUCUCUAGUUGGAAGAAGUGACAGCCCCAGAAGUCACCAAUCCUGAUGUUUCACUUUGGGAAAUUUGAGUGAAAUGUUAGUUGGCCUUAUUGUCUAAUCUUACUCUUGAUUACUUCUUUUUAGGCAAAUAAGAUAAUAAUUUGCCUUGGUACUGAACUUUUAUCUUGAAUGGCACAAGGAGGGCGAGUAGGAGAUUGGGGCUGAAUAUGAAAAGAAUUUCUAAUUUCAACCCAUUGCUCUAAUUGUUAUUGCUCUCCGGAUAAAGGAGACUGCUAAAGGAAGAGUUUAAUAAGGAUAUAAAGGAGUCUAGUAAGGAUUAAAGAACCAAUUCCUAUGCUUUGGCACAUUAUACUCCCCCACCCCACUUUAUAAGCAUGUAAUAUGCUUAGUAAGAUAUCUGGAUGGGAGCGGGAGUGGGGGGGAGAGCCCUGAACGUAAACAUUUAGUAGCUCUUUCAUGCUUUCUUCACAUUUGUAACUGGAUUCUUUUACUCCCUAGUUCUGGGAGAGAGGGAACAUUGGUUUUGGUUCUCCUCACUCUUUUGUAGAAUUCUGUUUAACAUUGUCUUAGUUGGUUUAACCUGGUUACUUUUCUCUCUCACCUUUUUGGUGGUGAUUUGGAGGAUGGGGAGGGAAGGAUAGUUCCUGGGUUUAGUUAUGAAUGUAUUUCAAUGCUAACAGUUUCUGCCAAAGAUGAUGUAUUUCGACUCAAGGCCUAUGAUAUAACAUUAGUCCAAUUGGUUAUAGCACUUGCAGUUGUUGACAUGGGUAAUCUGUCCUUUAAAGAUGGGUGAUUUAAAUAUUUUUUCAGUUAAUUGUAAUGGCUUAGUUUCUUAUCAAACAUUCUAAGGUGUUUAAAACAAAGGACAGAUAUAAUUUUUCUUCAAGAAACACGUACUAAAAGAGGAACAACAACAUUGUUUAGUUUAAUUAUCCUCAUCAGGGAUAGCAGCUGGAAGCUCGAAGUCCAAAGGAACUGCCACAUUGUUUUCCCCAAAUUGCUGAUUUACACCCUUGAAAGACUAUAAAGAUUCUUUUGGUCAGUUUGUAUAUAUUGAGGGCACAUUUUUGGAUAAACCCUUGUUACUGUGUUCCAUAUAUGCCCCAAAUACUCUGUCACUGAAAAUCUCUUUUAAAAACUUCAAAGUAUUAAGAUUCAAGAUUGGAUAAAUGGGUGUGGUUUUAACUUAACCAUAAACCCUGCUUUGGAUAGGUCAGCCUCCAAGUAUACUCCCAAUAUUUCCACUUCUAAGUUCCCUAUAGCAUAUCUCUCUAAGAAAGCUAAUUUGGUAGUUCCUUGGCAGUUGUUACACCCAGGGGAAAGGGAUUACACAUUCUUGUCUGCCAGACAUGAAACUUGUUCUAGGAUUGAUUAUGUUCUCAUCUCCAGUUCCCUACAGAAUGAUAUUCAAGAUGCUAUUAGUGAUAAAAUUUGGACAGAUCACAAUUGGAUAAUAUGCUCAUUAAGUUUUGAAAGUUCUAAUAACUCUUGGUUGAAAACUUAUUUAUUAUACAAUAAAGAUAUAUGCAAAACA